AUGGCGCAUAAUUAUGAGGUUGGAACGAGGGCCUGGCAACCCGACGCAACUGAGGGCUGGGUAGCCUCUGAGGUCAAAGAGAAACUCGUUGAUGGUGACAAAGUUCGGCUUGUUUUUGUCCUAGAGAAUGGCGAGUGCAAAGAGAUAGAAACCACCCAAGCGGAACUACAAGUUGAUAACAAUUCGAAAUUGCCGCCGUUGAUGAAUCCUGCUAUGCUUGAAGCUAGUGAGGAUCUUACGAAUCUAUCUCAUCUGAACGAGCCAGCGGUCUUGCAAGCCAUCAAGCUACGCUAUGCGCAGAAAGAGAUAUAUACGUACAGCGGCAUUGUUCUUAUCGCGACGAACCCGUUCGCUCGUGUGGACUCCCUGUAUGUGCCGCAAAUGGUCCAGGUUUAUGCGGGAAAGCACCGCGCAUCGCAGGCACCGCACUUAUUCGCCAUCGCGGAAGAAGCAUUCGGAGACAUGUUACGGGAUGGCAAGAACCAAACAAUCGUUGUCUCGGGCGAAUCCGGCGCUGGAAAAACCGUCAGCGCGAAGUACAUCAUGCGGUAUUUCGCGACUCGCGAGUCUUCUGAUCAGCCUGGAAAGUACACCACAAGCAGAGCCGACGCAAUCAGCGAAACCGAAGAACAGAUUUUGGCCACAAAUCCGGUUAUGGAAGCCUUUGGUAAUGCCAAAACUACGCGUAAUGACAAUUCCUCGCGGUUUGGGAAAUACAUUGAGAUUAUGUUUGACGACAAGACCAAUAUCGUUGGUGCCAAGAUACGAACUUACCUUUUAGAGAGGUCGCGCCUUGUCUUUCAGCCGCUCAAAGAACGGAAUUAUCACAUUUUCUACCAGCUUGUUGCCGGAGCCACUGAUGCGGAGAGGCAAGAGCUUGGUCUUACAUCGGUCGAAGACUUCGACUACCUUAAUCAGGGCGGGACACCGGUUAUCGAUGGAGUUGACGACAAGGCUGAAUUCACCGCGACAAAGAAGUCAUUGGGAACAAUCGGCGUACCCGAGCCCACGCAAUCAGAAAUUUUCCGUAUUCUUGCAGCCUUGCUGCACCUUGGGAAUGUCAAGAUCACUGCCACGAGGACCGAUUCUACCCUUUCACCCUCCGAGCCGUCGCUUGCCCGAGCCUGCGAAAUCUUUGGAAUUGACGCCAACGAGUUUGCAAAAUGGAUAGUGAAGAAACAACUAAUCACAAGAGGAGAAAAGAUAACGUCCAACCUGACGCAGCAACAAGCAAUCGUUGUUCGGGACUCCGUCGCCAAAUUCAUCUAUUCCAGCUUGUUCGAUUGGCUUGUUGAUAAAAUCAAUAGCGGUCUAGCAACAGAGGAAGUUCUCAGCAAGUUCAAAUCAUUCAUUGGUGUCUUGGAUAUUUACGGAUUCGAGCAUUUCGCCAAAAACUCCUUUGAGCAGUUUUGUAUCAAUUAUGCCAACGAGAAAUUGCAACAAGAGUUCAAUCAACAUGUCUUCAAGCUUGAGCAGGAAGAAUAUGUACGAGAACAGAUUGAUUGGACCUUUAUUGACUUCUCGGAUAACCAGCCCUGCAUCGACCUUAUCGAGGCAAAGUUGGGUAUUUUAUCUCUUCUGGACGAAGAGUCGCGAUUGCCAAUGGGCUCUGACGAGCAAUUCGUGACCAAGCUUCAUCACAAUUUUGCUGCCGAUAAGCAAAAGUUCUACAAGAAACCCAGGUUUGGAAAGUCUGCGUUCACGAUCUGCCAUUAUGCUGUUGACGUUACCUACGAGUCAGAUGGCUUCAUUGAGAAGAACCGGGAUACUGUUCCAGAUGAGCAUAUGGAAAUCUUGCGCAACUCCUCCAAUUACUUCGUGAAAGAGAUACUAGAUACCGCAGCCUCUGUGCGCGAGAAGGAUUCAGCCGCCGUCUCCUCCAAGCCAGUGACGGCUCCAGGCCGGAAAAUUGGUGUCGCGAUCAACCGCAAGCCAACGCUAGGUGGAAUUUUCAAAUCAUCACUGAUUGAGUUGAUGAGCACAAUUAACUCCACCGAUGUACACUACAUUCGAUGUAUCAAGCCGAACGAAGCGAAAGAGGCCUGGGUGUUUGAGGGACCAAUGGUGCUGAACCAGCUCAGGGCUUGUGGUGUUUUGGAAACAGUUCGCAUCAGUACGGCCGGAUAUCCUACCCGAUGGACUUAUGAGGAGUUUGCUAUUCGUUAUUACAUGCUUUGCCACUCGUCGCAGUGGACUUCGGAAAUCAAGGAUAUGUGCCAUGCCAUUCUGCGCAAGGCACUGGGUGACCAGCAAAAGCACGACAAGUAUCAACUGGGUUUGAGCAAGAUUUUCUUCCGCGCGGGUAUGCUCGCGUUUUUGGAAAACUUACGAACCUCGAGGUUAAACGAAUGCGCGAUCAUGAUACAGAAGAACCUGCGGUGCAAGUACUACCGACGUAGGUAUCUCGAGGCGCGGUCGUCUGUUCUCGCAACCCAGUCUUUAAUUCGAGGAUUCCUUGCGAGGCAGCGCGCCGCCGAUAUACGUCGGGUUAAAUCUGCCACAACCAUCCAGAGGGUGUGGAGGGGUCAGAAGGAGAGAAAGAAGUACAACCAGAUUCGCAAUAAUGUCAUCCUUCUGCAGUCGCUGUCAAAGGGUUUCCUCUGUCGGCGGAAUAUUCUGAACUCCAUUCACGGCAAUGCGGCGAAGACCAUACAACGCGCUUUCCGUUCUUGGCGUCAACUGCGUGCAUGGCGGCAAUACCGCCGACAGGUUGUUAUCGUCCAAAACCUCUGGAGGGGUAAACAGGCGAGAAAAGAGUACAAGACCCUUAGGGAAGAAGCGAGAGAUCUGAAACAAAUUUCGUACAAGUUGGAAAAUAAGGUGGUUGAGUUGACGCAGUACUUGGAAUCCUUGAAACGGGAGAACAAAUCGCUCAACUCUCAACUUGAGAAUUAUGAGACUCAGUUGAAAUCUUGGAGGACUCGUCAUAACGCACUGGAAAAUCGAUCCCGGGAACUCCAAGCCGAGGCCAACCAGGCGGGCAUCAGUGCAGCUCGGCUCACCGUCCUGGAGGAAGAAAUGAGCACAUUGCAGCAGAACCAUGCCGAUGCUCAGGCCACUGUCAAGCGUCUUCAGGAAGAAGAACGAGUUUCUCGAGAAGCGAUUCGUUCCGCGAACCAGGAACUUGAAAAGCUCAAGCAAAUCAACGCAGAGUCCGAGAGCGAGAGAUCUUCCCUUCGGCAACAAGUAAUUGACCUUGAAGAACAACUAGAGGUCGCAAAGAGGACUUUGCCCCUUCAAACGGAAGCCACGCCAGGUAUAGGCCAGCCGGCACCCGCCAAUGGUCUUAUCAACCUGGUCUCCUCUAAAAAGACGAAGCCUAAGAGGCGCAGUGCCGGCGCGGAGAGAAUUGAUACCGAUCGGUUUAGCGGGGCCUAUAAUCCUCGACCCGUGUCAAUGGCAAUCCCGAGUGCAUUAGGCCGCCAGAAUUACUCGGUUACUGCGCUUUCCUCCGGACUUGACUCGGUAGAGGCCGAACUUGAGACUUUGCUUUCCGAAGAGGAGGAUCUUAACGAAGAAGUCACAAUAGGUUUGAUCCGCAACCUCAAGAUUCCAGCGCCCAAUUCCACCCCUCCGCCCACGGAGAAGGAGGUUCUGUUCCCCGCCUACCUCAUCAACCUCGUCACAUCUGAAAUGUGGAAUAACGGGUUCGUGAAAGAGUCUGAGCGCUUCCUAGCCAACGUCAUGCAGUCAAUUCAACAGGAGGUCAUGCAACAUGAUGGCGAAGAUACCAUUAGUCCAGGGGCCUUCUGGCUUUCCAACGUGCAUGAGAUGCUUUCCUUUGUGUUCUUGGCCGAGGAUUGGUACGAAGCACAGAAGACUGAUAAUUAUGAAUAUGACCGUCUUCUGGAGAUUGUAAAGCAUGAUUUGGAGAGCUUGGAAUUCAACAUUUAUCACACUUGGAUGAAGUUGCUGAAGAAGAAACUUUACAAAAUGAUCGUUCCAGCCAUCAUUGAAUCGCAGUCGCUUCCCGGCUUCGUCACAAACGAGACGAAUCGAUUCCUCGGAAAGCUUUUGCCGUCGAAUAACAAUCCAGCCUUCAGCAUGGACAAUCUUCUGAGUCUCCUGAACAACGCUUACAAGGCGAUGAAAGCUUUCUAUCUCGAAGAUUCAAUUAUUACACAGACCGUCACGGAGCUUCUGCGUCUCGUCGGCGUCACGGCUUUUAAUGACCUCCUGAUGAGAAGAAACUUCCUUUCUUGGAAACGAGGCCUCCAGAUCAAUUACAACAUAACCCGUAUCGAGGAAUGGUGUAAGAGUCACGAUAUGCCGGAAGGAACACUGCAGUUGGAGCAUCUGAUGCAAGCGACCAAGCUUCUCCAAUUGAAAAAGGCCACUUUGAACGAUAUCGAGAUUAUCCAAGACAUUUGUUGGAUGCUCUCUCCAAACCAGAUCCAAAAGCUGUUGAACCAGUAUCUCGUGGCAGACUACGAGCAACCCAUCAACGGCGAGAUCAUGAAGGCUGUGGCCUCUCGUGUUACUGAGAAGAGCGACGUGCUCCUCCUUACUCCAGUCGACAUGGAGGAUAGCGGGCCGUAUGAGAUCGCCGAGCCUCGUGUCAUUACUGCUUUGGAAACCUACACCCCGUCUUGGCUUCAAACACCACGGUUGAAACGACUCGCCGAAAUUGUCUCGGCGCAGGCAAUGGCACAGCAAGACAAACCGGAGAAUCUGGAGAUUGGCGCGAUCUCUGUCGAGUAG